GCUGCGCAGUUGUGCGCAACCGCGGCGCCCCUCGACGCUCUCUGUCGCAGAUGAUACGUCAUCAAAGUUGGCGGUAUUUUGAAAAAGAGGCGUCUGUUGUGUUAGUGGAAAAAAGUAGUAGAUUUUAUUAACAUGGACGAGGUGAAGGACGGUGGCCAGGCAGCCCCGCCGCUGUCGGAGGCUGCUCGGUCUGAGCUGCUGGAGAUGUGUGAGGACCAGUUUGCUCAGCUGGAAAAGCUUCAGAAUGAGAUCAUCCUGUGUGAACCGGAUUUCUGUGAGAAUCCACAGGAACAGUCAGUUAAUAGACUGUUGGCAACAGAAGCUGAACUGAAGCAGUGGCUGACAGUGGAGCCGAAAUUGCUGGCAGAAAAUUCUGAAAUUUUACUUCAAGCUGGAAAAGAGGAGAUGGUCAAGCUGUGCUCUGAACUUGAGAUGGUUGUUUCUUGCUGUGAGGCCAGAAGAGACAACCUGAGGGAGACUAAAACGCUUGAAGAGAAGUGGCUAGAAGAGAAGAAGAAGGUGUUGUUUGCCGCCACUGAACAUGCAGAGAGGCUUCAAAUUGAAAAGCAGAAACUAUCAGACCACAACGUACUGCAGGACAUCAAGGAAAAAAUCCUCAAGAUUAAGGUCUACCAGGAAAAGUUGAUGGAGUCUUUGGGGGAAAUCCUGGAGAAACAUGCUCCUCUCCCUCAGAAUGUCUCCAUCACAAACAAGAAGAAGAAGAAGAACACCACACAUGUGAUAAAUGAAGACCUGAUUUCACUCAAUGAGAUUCUGGAGGUGCUCAUGAACAAAGUCCUGAACUCACCGCAUGACCCCUAUGUAACGAUCGAUGACACAUUCUGGCCACCGUAUGUAGAGAUGCUGCUCCGCUACGGGAUUGCAGUGAGGCAUCAGGAAAAUAACUUCAAGAUCCGCCUGGAAACCUUUUUCUGAGGGUCAUAAGGCAUCCCGAGCAUCACCCACAACAUCCACCAAUCCUAAUUUGAGCGCUUGUACAUCAUUAACACUUGGAAAGCAACAAGGCUUAGUGUAUGUGUUUCAUAUUUGUAAAGUUAGUCAUGUUUAAGUCGGCCCUUUAGGCUUCAUAUAUUGUGGAUGACUUCAUAUGGUCUUGCCUCUGCUUUUGUCAUUUAAUGACAUGUACAUUACUGUAUUUAUUUGGCGAUGUUUUGUGUUGGUUUCGUCUUAAAAUUACCUUUAUGUAAAAUAAUAAAAGUUAGAAUCGUUCUUUAUAUGUAUCAUCAAGUGACUUAGCUAUCACAUCAUAUACUCUUUAUCAUUCCUGUUUAAUAAACUUGAGUAAGUUCA